AUGAGUACUGUGUACAGUAAAUAUGAAAAUAGAGCACCAGCAAAAGCUCCAGCUGUAGCCCCAGCAUCAAUUAAAGCAGCACAACCAGCCCCAACUCUAGCCCCAGCACCCACUCAAGCACCAGCAACAGCUUCAGCUGUAGCCCCAGCAUCAAUUAAAGCAGCACAACCAGCCCCAACUCUAGCCACAGCACCCACUCAAGCACCAGCAACAGCUUCAGCUGUAGCCCCAGCAUCAAUUAAAGCAGCACAACCAGCCCCAACUCUAGCCCCAGCACCCACUCAAGCACCAGCAACAGCUUCAGCUGUAGCCCCAGCAUCAAUUAAAGCAGCACAACCAGCCCCAACUCUAGCCCCAGCACCCACUCAAGCACCAGCAACAGCUUCAGCUGUAGCCCCAGCAUCAAUUAAAGCAGCACAACCAGCCCCAACUCUAGCCACAGCACCCACUCAAGCACCAGCAACAGCUUCAGCUGUAGCCCCAGCAUCAAUUAAAGCAGCACAACCAGCCCCAACUCUAGCCCCAGCACCCACUCAAGCACCAGCAACAGCUUCAGCUGUAGCCCCAGCAUCAAUUAAAGCAGCACAACCAGCCCCAACUCUAGCCACAGCACCCACUCAAGCACCAGCAACAGCUUCAGCUGUAGCCCCAGCAUCAAUUAAAGCAGCACAACCAGCCCCAACUCUAGCCACAGCACCCACUCAAGCACCAGCAACAGCUUCAGCUGUAGCCCCAGCAUCAAUUAAAGCAGCACAACCAGCCCCAACUCUAGCCACAGCACCCACUCAAGCACCAGCAACAGCUUCAGCUGUAGCCCCAGCAUCAAUUAAAGCAGCACAACCAGCCCCAACUCUAGCCACAGCACCCACUCAAGCACCAGCAACAGCUUCAGCUGUAGCCCCAGCAUCAAUUAAAGCAGCACAACCAGCCCCAACUCUAGCCACAGCACCCACUCAAGCACCAGCAACAGCUCCAGCUGAUGAAUUAAACAUCCUACUCUUUCCUUAA